UCUCUCUCUCCCCUUACCAUUGCAAUUUGCAAAAUUCGUCGAUUAGGGUUUUUUCCUCCCUUGAGGGUUCCGCGAUCGAUCGCCAAUGACCGGCAAGGCCAAGCCGAAGAAGCACACCGCCAAGGAGAUCGCGGCCAAGGUCGACGCCGCCACCACCAACAGGGGCGGCGGCAAGGCCGGCCUCGCCGACCGGUCGGGCAUCGAGAAGGGCGGCCACGCCAAGUACGAGUGCCCCAACUGCAAGACCACCUGCCCCGAUGUCAAGUCCAUGCAGAUUCACCACGACGCUCGCCAUCCCAAGAUCCCCUUCGACGAGUCCAAGCUCAUCAACCUCCACGCCUCCCUCAACGGCGAUACGUCCAAGACUCGCCCCGGCAUCCGAGGUAGUCACAAGAAGUGAUUGGAGCUCCCGACUCUGUCGAAAGCCGGUCACGGCUCUGUUCUAUCGUUGUCUUGCUGUUGGAUUUGAUGGUGUGAUGUUAACUGGAUGAAGGGAGUUGUGGUAGGAGUGGGAGGUUGGGGGGGGGAGAGAGAGAAAGGGGUUUGAUUGUCCAUCUUUCAAACGCUGUCUUCUUUGGCUAAGCUUGAUGUAUAUUAUAUGUCUCGGACUAUGAUGUCUUAGAGUCGCCUAUUAUCAAUGAUCGAGAUGAAGUGUCCUGUCUUA